AUGUCAUAUGGGAGAGAAGACACUACCAUUGAGCCUGACUUUAUAGAACCAGAUGCACCCUUAUCCGCUCCUAGAGGUGCGGCUGACAGCAUAGGCGGAGUUCUUCAAAACUCAGGCAGCAGAGGUACGCUGGACGAGACCGUACUACAGACGCUAAAGCGAGAUGUGGUGGAAAUCAACUCCAGACUGAAACAAGUGGUAUACCCGCAUUUCCCCUCAUUCUUUAGCUGCUCUGAUGAUGGGGUGGGCGUGGAGGAUAACGACAUUUCAGCCAAUUGCGACCUAUGGGCGCCUCUUGCGUUUAUCAUACUGUAUUCUCUGUUCGUAUCGCAUGCGCGGUCGCUGUUCUCGAGCCUUUUCGUGUCUAGUUGGUUCAUUUUGCUGGUGAUGGCACUGCAUCUGAGACUUACCAAGCCACAACAGAAGGUGUCGGUAAUUUCGUACAUUUCCAUUUCCGGAUAUUGCUUAUUCCCACAAGUGCUGAACGCUUUAGUCUCACAGCUACUACUACCGUUGGCCUACCACAUCGGCAAGCAAAACCGCUGGAUCGUAAGGAUCCUGUCGCUUGUGAAACUGGUGGUCAUGGCUCUGUGCCUGACGUGGUCCGUAGCCGCUGUUUCAUGGGUUACCAAGAGCAAGACUAUUAUCGAGAUAUACCCUAUAGCACUCUGUCUUUUUGGCAUGGCCUGGUUGUCAACCAUUCUAUAA